CAGGAGGAGGAGAAAGGGUGCGCAGCCCGGAGGCGGGGUGCGCCGGUGGGGUGCAGCGGAAGAGGGGGUCCAGGGGGGAGAACUUCGUAGCAGUCAUCCUUUUUAGGAAAAGAGGGAAAAAAUAAAACCCUCCCCCACCACCUCCUUCUCCCCACCCCUCGCAGCACCACACACAGCGCGGGCUUCUAGCGCUCGGCACCGGCGGGCCAGGCGAGUCCUGCCUUCAUUUAUCCAGCAGCUUUUCGGAAAACGCAUUUGCUGUUCGGAGUUUAAUCAGAAGAGGAUUCCUGCCCCCGUUCUCGGCUCCUUCAGCGUUCCCCCUCCCCUGUCUCUCUCCUGGGGAGGCGUGAAGCGGUCCCGUGGAUAGAGAUUCAUGCCUGUGCCCGCGCGUGUGUGCGCGCGUGUAAAUUGCCGAGAAGGGGAAAACAUCACAGGACUUCUGCGAAUACUGGACUGAAAAUUGUAAUUCAUCUGCCGCCGCCGCUGCCUUUUUUUCUCGAGCUCUUGAGAUCUCCGGUUGGGAUUCCUGCGGAUUGACAUUUCUGUGAAGCAGAAGUCUGGGAAUCGAUCUGGAAAUCCUCCUAAUUUUUACUCCCUCUCCCCCUCGACUCCUGAUUCAUUGGGAAGUUUCAAAGCAGCUAUAACCGAAGAGUGCUGAGGAUUGAUGGGAUCGUUGCCUUAUGCAUUUGUGUUGGUUUUACAAAAAAGGAAACUUGACAGAGGAUCAUGCUGUUCUUAAAAAAUACAACAUCACGGAGGAAGUAGACUGAUAUUAACAAUACUUACUAAUAAUAACGUGCCUCAUGAAAUAAAGACCCGAAAGGAAUUGAAAUAAAAAUUUCCUGCAUCUCAUGCCAAGGGGGAAACACCAGAAUCAAGUGUUCCGCGUGACCGAAGACACCCCCUCGUCCAAGAAUGCAAAGCACAUCCAAUAAAAUAGCUGGAUUAUAACUCCUCUUCUUUCUUUGGGGGCCGUGGGGUGGGAGCUGGGGCGAGAGGUGCCGUUGGCCCCUGCUGCAUUUCCUCUGGGAAGGAUGGCGCACGCUGGGAGAACAGGGUACGAUAACCGGGAGAUAGUGAUGAAGUACAUCCACUAUAAGCUGUCGCAGAGGGGCUACGAGUGGGAUGCGGGGGAUGUGGGCGCGGCGACCCCUGGGGUCGCCCCCGCACCGGGCAUCUUCUCCUCCCAGCCCGGGCACACGCCCCAUCCCGCCGCGUCCCGGGACCCGGUCGCCAGGACCUCGCCACUGCCGACCCCGGCUGCCCCCGCCGCCGCCGCGGGGCCUGCGCUCAGCCCGGUGCCACCUGUGGUCCACCUGACCCUCCGCCAGGCCGGUGACGACUUCUCCCGCCGCUACCGCCGCGACUUCGCCGAGAUGUCCAGCCAGCUGCACCUGACGCCCUUCACCGCGCGGGGACGCUUUGCCACGGUGGUGGAGGAGCUCUUCAGGGACGGGGUGAACUGGGGGAGGAUCGUGGCCUUCUUUGAGUUCGGUGGGGUCAUGUGUGUGGAGAGCGUCAACCGGGAGAUGUCGCCCCUGGUGGACAACAUCGCCCUGUGGAUGACUGAGUACCUGAACCGGCACCUGCACACCUGGAUCCAGGAUAACGGAGGCUGGGACGCCUUUGUGGAACUGUACGGCCCCAGCAUGCGGCCUCUGUUUGAUUUCUCCUGGCUGUCUCUGAAGACUCUGCUCAGUUUGGCCCUGGUGGGAGCUUGCAUCACCCUGGGUGCCUAUCUGGGCCACAAGUGAAGUCAACACGCCUGCCCCAAACAAAUAUGCAAAAGGUUCACUAAAGCAGUAGAAAUGAUAUGCAUUGUCAAUGAUGUACCAUGAAACAAAGCUGCAGGCUGUUUAAGAAAAAAUAACACACAUAUAAACAUACACACACACAGACACACACACACACACACACACACACACACAACAAUUUUCAGGCAAAAUGUCGAAUCAGCUAUUUACUGCCAAAGGGAAAUAUCAUUUAUUUUUUACAUUAUUAAGAAAAAAAGAUUUAUUUAUUUAAGACAGUCCCAUCAAAACUCCUGUCUUUGGAAAUCCAACCACUAAUUGCCAAGCACCGCUUCGUGCGGCUCCACCUGGAUGUGCUGUGCCUGUAAACACAGAUUCGCUUUCUGUGUUGUUGGCCGGACUAACUCACCAUUUGAAGAGCAGAUGUAUGGAAAAAGGACCUGAUCGUUGGGGAAGCUGGCUUUCUGGCUGCUGGAGGCUGGAAAGAAGGUGCUCAUUCACUUGUAUGUCUUUGCCCUGGGGGCUGUGAUAGUAACAGAGGGAGGGUUCCUGGGGGGAAGUCCAUGCCUCCCUGGUCUGAAGAAGAGACUUUUUGCAUAUGACUCACAUGACGCAUACCUGGUGGGAGGAAAAGAUUUGGGAACUUCAGAUGGACCUGGUACCCACUGAGAUUUCCACACCGAAGGACAGCGAUGGGAAAAAUGCCCUUAAAUCAUAGGAAAGUAUUUUUUUAAGCUACCAAUUGUGCCGAGAAGCAUUUUAGCAAUUUAUACAGUAUCAUCCAGUACCUUAAGCCCUGAUUGUGUAUAUUCUUAUAUUUUGGAUACGCACCCCCCAAAUCCCAAUACUGGCUCUGUCUGAGUAGGAACAUAAUCCUCUGGAACUUGAGGAAGUAAACAUUUCGGUGACUUCGGCAUCAGGAAGGCUAGAGUUACCCAGAGCAUCAGGCCGCCACAAGUGCCUGCUUUUAGGAGACCGAAGUCCGCAGAACCUGCCUGCAUCCCAGCUUGGAGGCCUGGUCCUGAAACUGAGCCUGGGCCCUCACUGGCCUCCUCCAGGGAUGAUCAACAGGGCAGUGUCGUCUCCGAAUGUCUGGAAGCUGACGGAGCUCAGAAUUCCACUGUCAAGAAAGAGCAAUAGAGGGGUGCGGCUGGGCCUGUCACCCUGGGGCCCUCCAGAUAGGCCCAUUUUCACGUGGAGCAUGGGAGCCACAACCCUUCUUAAGACAUGUAUCACUGUAGAGAGAAGGAACAGAGGCCCUGGGCCCUUCCUAGCAGAGGGACACGGUGAAGGCUGGGAACAUGAGGAGAGGCAACGGCCAUGGCCCAUUUUGGCCGUAGCACAUGGCACGUUGGCUGUGUGGCUGUGGCCCACCUGUGCAGUUUAAAGCAAGGCUUUAAAUGACUUUGGAGAGGGUCUUAAAUCCUAAAGGAAGCAUUGAAGUAAGGUGUCAUGGAUUAAUUGACCUAUAUCUAUGGAAUUACAUGUAAAACAUUAUCUUGUCACUGUAGUUUGGUUUUAUUUGAAAACCUGACAGAAAAAAAAAAGUUCCAGGUGUGGAAUAUGGGGAUUAUCUGUACAUCCUGGGGCACUUAAAAACGAUCAAUGGUGGGAAACUAUAAAGAAGGAACAAAAGAAGUGACAUCUUCAGCAAAUAAACUAGAAAGUGUUUGUUGUGUUUUUUUCUUCCAGUUUAGAAUCAGCCUUGAGACAUUGAUGGAAUAACUCUGUGGCAUUAUUGCAUUAUAUAUCAUUUAUCUGUAUUAACUUUGGAAUGUACUCUGUUCAGUGUUUAAUGCUGUGGUUGAUAUUUCGAAAGCUGCUUUAAAAAAAUACAUGCAUCUCAGCGUUUAUUUUUUUUUUAAUUGCAUUUAGUUAUGGCCUAUACACUAUUUGUGAGCAGAAGUGAUCAUUUUCUGUUUGGGAUUUUUGUCUCUUGAUUCUUCAAAAGCAUUUCUGAGAAGGUGAGAAGCCCUGAGUCUCAGCUACCUAAGAAAAACCUGGAUGUCACUGGCCACUGAGGAGCAUUGUUUCAACCAAGUCAUGUGCAUUUCCACGUCAACAGAAUUGUUUAUUGUGACAGAUAUAUCUGUUGUCCCUUUGACCUUGUUUCUUGAGGGUUUAUUCAUCCCUGGGCAAUUCCGCAUUUAAUUCAUGUUAUUCAGGAUUACAUGCAUGUUUGGUUAAACCCCUGAGAUUCAUUCAGUUAAAAAUCCAGAUGGGGAAUGACCAGCGGAUUAAAAUCUAUGGUGGUUUGACCUUUAGAGAGUUGCUUUACGUGGCCUGUUUCAACACAGACCCACCCAGAGCCCUGCCCUCCUUCCGUGGGGGCUUUCUUGUGGCUGUCCUUCAGGGUCUUCCUGAAAUGCAGUGGCGCUUACGCUCCACCAAGAAAGCAGGAAACCUGUGGUAUGAAGCCAGACCUCCCCGGCGGGCCUCAGGGAACAGAAUGAUCAGACCUUUGAAUGAUUCUAAUUUUUAAGCAAAAUAUUAUUUUAUGAAAGGUUUACAUUGUCAAAGUGAUGAAUAUGGAAUAUCCAAUCCUGUGCUGCUAUCCUGCCAAAACCAUUUUAAUGGAGUCAGUUUGCAGUAUGCUCCACGUGGUAAGAUCCUCCAAGCUGCUUUAGAAGUAACAAUGAAGAAUAUGGACGUUUUUAAUAUAAAGCCUGUUUUUUUGUCUUUUAUUGUUGUUGAAAUGGGAUUCACAGAGUAUUUGAAAAAUGUGUAUAUAUUAAGAGGUCAUAGGGGUUAAUUGCUGGCUGGCUGCCUUUCGCUGUGGAGUUUUGUGACCUGGUUUAACAGUAAAUGGACCCAGCCGCUUGGCCCCAGAACUGUACAAUAUUGUGGCUGCACUUGCUCUAAGAGUAGUUGAUGUUGCAUUUUCCUUAUUGUUAAAAACAUGUUAGAAGCAAUGAAUGUAUAUAAAAGCCUCAACUAGUCA